AUGGACACCGCAGAAGCGCUCGAUGCUGAUAUCAGCGAUCUCCAUGACCGCAUCGCGACCCUUCGAGCGCAUCGCGCAAACUUAACCUCCAUCCUCCUCUCACAACCCCACCUUCCGACGCGUCUCGAACAGCGCCCAGUCCUGCACGAGCGCAACCGCCGCAAUGCCGUCAAACUCGUGCAAAAGCAAUCGAAUCGCAAUCUCGAGAACAUAUAUCGUGCCUGCGCUGGCGUUACAGCCUACAAAGUCAAGGAUCCAGAUCCAUGCGCAAUAGACGACGGCAAUGUGCUUGGUGUGCGCAUCGAGGUGUCCGUUGGCGGCAGGUUCGUCGAGACGUAUCAUGUGUUGUUUAACCGACCAAAUACGGCACAUAAGACCAUGUUGAAGAUUCACAAACAUACAAUCCCGCCGUGCAUCCCGCUGCAACCGCUCGCGAAUAGAUGGUUACCCACGGCGAAGAAGAGUGCAGAGGAACCUAAGGAGCAGAAUCUGGUGAAGUUUGGCAGACAUCUGCGGAAAGAGCUCGUGAGUUGGCAUCUGAGAUUGAACACGCUGGAGAAGCUGCGGAAGGAUGCAAAGGUGGAGGACAAACCAGCGGGACCAGACGAAUCGAAUAUAGAACCUGCGGUCGGGACGGUGUUGAACGCCUUCGUCAGCGAUGAUGAGGAUUCAGAAGAGGAGGAUCCGCUAAGCGAAGCAGUUGGUCCUCUCAGAAUCUCCACACUCGAUGCGGAUGCGGCUGUGCGAGAGAUCACAAUUACGUGGUCCAAUGGCAGAGUGGGCAUUUUCAAGGUCACCAAAGAUGGCGAAGUCGACAAGGCUGUCGUGAGGACAAAAGAGGGUGCCCGAGAAGCUUCACUCGUUAGUAAAGCUCUUGGACGGAUUGAGGGACUGCUCGAGAGGCUCGAAGCGUAA